AUGGAGGAGCAAGAGACUGCGGCUCAGCUAGAGGCGAAAGUUGUACCGACUAAGCAAGAGCCGGCGGAGUCUCUGAAAGCAGAUGACGAAUUGACGCGGCUACAGCAGAUGACCGCGGAUUCGAAGGUACAUGAAGAAACGAUGCAUGAGGAGCCGCAGCAGGAAGAGGAUGACACUAUCAAGCGAAGUAUCUAUGUUGGUAACGUUGACUACGGCUCUACCCCGCAGGAGCUAGUUCAGCACUUUGCGUCGUGUGGCAAAAUACAGCGAGUCACAAUCAUGGUAGACAAGAUGACUGGCCACCCGAAGGGCUAUGCGUAUAUUGAGUUCGCGGAAGAGGGCGGCGCGAGUUCGGCACUUGCGCUUUCGAACACCACCUUCCGGGACCGAGUGCUGAAGGUACUUCCGAAGAGAAAGAAUAUUGCCGGAUAUACCGCAACGGUCCGUGGCGGAGGGCGGAGGGCCGGCUAUAUGCCCAUGUAUGGAAUGCCCUAUGGCCCUGCGGCUACACUUAAGGGCUUCCACAGAGGUGGCAGGAGAGGCGGGAUCAGGGGAGGGCCUUUUUAG